AUGUAUCGCGGACAUCGCCGCCGGGCGUGCUCGAACAAAAACGGGGGUGGACGCAGGAAGACGGCAGAUGGAAGGAAGGAUCGCGCUCCCCGCACGCUGAUGAGGAGAAUGCGAUUGUGGACUUUCCGACGCUAUGCAAAUCGGACAGCCGAGACGAUAUACGCCGGACCGACCGGGUUCCGUCGCCUCGAUAUGUCGCCUCCGUUCCCCGACGAAUUCACGCACCGACGAGUGCACCUCGACGGCGUCGGUAACCCGGCUUAUGUGUUGUGGGCGGGCCGUGGAAUGUUUUUUGUUCGCGUUAGCGAGGUAUACCCCGUAGCGGCUAACUUUUCGCAAACUUCGAUGAGCCCAGCCGCCGCUCAAUGUAUUCAAAUUGAUUCAUUGAAUACCGAU